CUCGGGUGGGCGGGGCCUCGGCGGGCGCCUGGGUCCGGCGCGUCUGCCUCCCGGGUCGCUGCCCCGCGCCGAGUUCCCGCGUCUGCAGGCUCCGUCCCGGCGGCGGGUCCCGACCCCGCGCUCGGCCGGGGGGCAGCGCCCCGCGCACCGCAGCCGCCAGCAUGUCGGGCCCGCCGCCCGCCGACCUGUUCCGGGACGUCAAGUUCUACGCCGUGGGCGAUCUGGACCCGCAGGUGCUGCAGCUGCUGCGGGUGGGCAAGGCCAAGGAAGUGUCCUACAACGCGCUGGCCUCCCACAUCAUCUCCGAGGACGGCGACAACCCCGAGGUGGGGGAGGCCCGUGAGGUCUUCGACCUGCCCGUCGUGAAGCCGUCCUGGGUGCUGCUGUCCGCACAGUGUGGAUCUCUGCUGCCAGCCGGCGGCUUUUCCCCGGAGCCCUGCCAGGUCUUCUUCGGAGUCACCGCCUGCAUCUCUCAGGUGUCCCCCGAGGAUAGGAGCACCCUCUGGGCCAUGGUCACCUUUCACGGCGGUGCCUGUGAACUCAGCCUCAGCAAGAAAUGCACACACCUGGUGGUCCCGGAGCCCAGGGGGGACAAGUAUGCGUGUGCGGCCCGCAGCACCGGCGUGAGGAUCGUGACGCCCGACUGGGUGCUGGACUGCGUGUCGGCCAAGGCGCGCAGGGAUGAGGGCCCCUACCACCCGCGCCUGGUGCUGUACGAGGACGAGGACGAGGACGAUGAGGAUGACGACGACGAGGCCGCGGGGCGCGAGGACCAGGAGUCCCCGCGGGACGGCAGCUCCGCCAAGUCCAGUGCCAGCAGCUCCCGGGCAGGCUCCCCGGCGGGCAGGGCCACCCUCUCCCCGCGGCCGCCCGGCCAGGCCCAGGAACUCAUGUUCGAUGACUCCUCGGACUCGUCCCCGGAGAAGCAGGACCGGAACCUCAACUGGACGCCCGCUGAGGUGGCGCCACUGCCCACGGCCAAGCGCCGGCCGCCCACGGCCAAGGAGCCCGGGCUCAUCAACCUCUGCGCCAACGUGCCCCCCGUGCCCGGCGGCCUGCUGCCCCCCGAGGUCCGGAGCGGCCUGCCCGGCGCGCCCGAGCGGCCAGAGACCGUGACGGCCUGGAGCCCUUCUGUGCGGACACUCAGGAACAUCACCAACAACGCCGACAUCCCGCAGAUGGGCCGGCCCGCCAGCGUGGCUCACAUCCUGCAGUCCCUCUCGGCCCCCGCGAAGGCCGGGGACCAGCCGCUGAGCCACAGCCAGCCGGGCCACGCGCCCCCGGGCGCCCCGCUCUUCAACCCCUCCAAGGGCGCCCCGGACCCCCACCCCGCCCUGCACCUGCCGCCCCCCCAGAUGGCGCCCCUGCAGCCCUUCCUGCCGCCUCAGGCCCCGCCGCACCCCUUCCCGCCCCUGCAGCAGCCGCCCUUCCCUCCGCAGCCUCUGCCCUUCCCCCCCCAGCCGCUGCACCGGCCCCCCCACGGCCUCCCGCUGCACCCGCAGCACCCGCAGCACCCGCAGCACGGCCUGCCACACCCGCAGCAGCUCCAGCGCCUGCACCCCCAGCACCCGCACCUGGGCCCCCCCACGGCACCGCACCUCGGGCCCCCCGCGCCCGCCCUGCCGCCACAGCCGCCACAGCCGCUCUACGGACACGACCCGGCCGCGGACAUUCCAGACGACGGCUUCCUGCUGGGCUGCGUGUUCGCCGUCGCCGACUACCCCGAGCAGAUGUCGGACAAGCAGCUGCUAGCCACCUGGAAGAGGAUCAUCCAGGCCCAUGGGGGAGCCGUGGACCCCACCUUCUCCAGCAGGUGCACACACCUCCUCUGUGAGAGCCAGGUCAGCGGGAUGUACGCACAGGCACUCCGGGAGAGGAAGCGAUGUGUCACGGCGCACUGGCUCAACACCGUGCUGAAGAAGAAGAGGAUGGUGCCCCCUCACCGGGCCCUGCACUUCCCCGUGGCCUUCCCCCCCGGCGGGAAGCCCUGCGCCCAGCACAUCAUCUCUGUGACCGGCUUCGUGGACAGUGACAGGGACGACCUGAAGCUCAUGGCCUACCUGGCGGGCGCCAAGUACACCGGCUACCUGUGCCGCAGCAACACCGUGCUCAUCUGCAAAGAGCCGGUGGGGCUCAAGUACGAGAAGGCGCGCGAGUGGCGGAUCCCGUGCGUGAACGCGCAGUGGCUGGGCGACAUCCUGCUGGGCCACCUGGAGGCGCUGCGCCAGGUGCAGUUCAGCCGCUACACCACCUUCGGCCUCCCGGAUCCCUUCGCGCCCGCGCCGCAGCUGGUGCUUGGCCUGCUAGAUGCCUGGAGAGUUCCCAUCAAGGUAUCCUCAGAGAUGCUGAUGGGCGCCCGCCUGCCUCCCAAGCCCAAGGCCAGCGAGGGCCCCAUGGUUCAGCCCUCCAAGAGAGCCAGGCUGGAGGACAUUCCCCCGCCCACCAAGAAGCUGAGCCCCGAGCUGACGCCCCUUGUGCUCUUCACGGGGUUCGAGCCCCCGCGGGUGCAGCAGUACAUCAAGAAGCUGUAUGUCCUGGGCGGGGAGGUGGCGCAGUCUGUGCAGAAGUGCACGCACCUGGUGGCCAGCAGGGUGACUCGCACGGUCAAGUUCCUGACGGCCGUGUCUGUGGUGAGACACAUCGUGACCCCCGACUGGCUGGAUGAGUGCUUCAAGUGCCAGCACUUUGUCGAUGAGCAGAGCUUCCUGCUUCGCGACGCGGAGGCCGAGGUCCUCUUCUCCUUCAGCCUGGAGGAGUCCCUGCGGAGGGCGCACGCCGCCCCGCUCUUCAAGGCCAAGUUCUUCUACAUCACGCCGGGCAUCUGCCCCAGCCUGGCCACCAUGCGCGCCAUCGUGGAGUGCGCGGGCGGCCGCGUGCUCAGCCGGCAGCCCUCCUUCCGCAAGCUGGAGGAGCAUCGGCAGAACAAGAGCCUGUCUGAGAUCAUCCUCAUCUCCUGCGAGAACGACCUGCACCUGUGUCGGGAAUACUUCGCGCGCGGCAUCGACGUGCAUAACGCGGAGUUUGUGCUGACGGGCGUGCUCACACAGACACUGGACUACGAGUCGUAUAAAUUCAACUGACUCGGACCCAGGGCCGGCUCCCGGCCUGAAGCCUGGUUUUCCGCUGCUGCCUUCUGCGCCGAGCCCCCAAGGGGAUCCACGCCUGCGCCCGCGAGACCCCCGCCGAGGCCGCCCGGGUCGCAGGGAUGAGGACACGCCUGUGACGGCCCGGCCGGUGCCCCGCAGCAGGGACAACCACAGGGGAGUUUUCUACUCGGAUUAUUUUUACUUCUUACAGCCCCUCCUUUUAUACGGACUCUGCUCACAUUUGAAAUAAAUGUACUUUUGGAUUUUA